UGUUCUCUUCGUUCGUGUUCUCUGGCGGUGGUGAAAACUGAAAACUCUGAAAACGGUGGAAAAAGUGUUUUCCGUUUUUUUUCCUUUGCGCUGAACGUUCAUAAUCUUUCGGAAAAAGUUGGAAAAUUUUCCAAACUCGUGGAAUUGUGCUUUUCAAAGAUCGCGAAAAAGUGCUGCGAAUAGUGGGAUAGUGAGUGAUUGUUCCAUCAAUCGGGGAUAGAGGAAUCCCCGAGCGGCGAUCGGUCAGUGGUCGCAUUCCGAACGAAAGUCGAUUGAAUAGAAGAAGAUACGAGUGAUCCGAAGCGCCUGGUAGAGUGGCAAAUUAGUGCCACCAUUGUUGUCCAUUGCUUGCUUUCAAAAACACCGUGAAUUCGGACAGUUUCGGAAUCAAUUUGAGGAGAUUUGGUUCCGUGGCCGAAAAAGUUUUCGUGAACUUCCCGAUUUUUCUCCUGUGUAGCUUGUCACACGCAAACAUGGCGGAUCAAACAAAUCAGAACUCCACACAGGAACCAAUGCGGACGAGAUUCCUGCCGCUCGACAUGAACAAUGCCAACUGUGACCGGAAGCGACCGUCGAAGAAGCUAAGCUUUCAGCCGAGCCCAACCGUACCGGCCCGAACGCCACCCUUGUCCGACCGCACGAGAGAUCGCAUAAAGAUGCAAGCAACGGGAAAACUCCAGAUAACUCCCAAUGCCAUCUACGACUUCACUGCCGAUGAUCUGACCGACGAGGGUGAAAUUGGCCGCGGAGCGUUCGGGGCCGUCAACCAGAUGAAGUUCAACCGCACCGGAACGGUCAUGGCUGUGAAACGGAUCCGGUCGACCGUGGACGAGAAGGAACAGAAGCAGCUGCUGAUGGACCUGGAAGUGGUUAUGAAGUCCAACGACUGCAAUACCAUCGUCACGUUUUACGGGGCCCUGUUCAAAGAGGGCGACUGUUGGAUUUGCAUGGAGCUGAUGGACACCUCGCUGGACAAGUUCUACAAAUUUAUCUGUGAUUGUCAGCACUCGCGCAUCCCGGAAUCGAUUCUGGGGCAGAUCACGCUGGCCACGGUGCGGGCGCUGAACUACCUGAAGGAGGAACUGAAGAUCAUCCACAGGGACGUGAAACCGAGCAACAUCCUGCUGAAGCGGAACGGUGAUAUCAAGUUGUGCGAUUUCGGGAUCUCCGGACAGCUGGUGGACUCGAUUGCGCGGACCAAGGACGCCGGAUGUCGGCCGUACAUGGCGCCUGAGCGAAUCGAUCCACAGCGCGCUAAAGGAUACGAUGUGCGGAGUGACGUUUGGUCGCUUGGUAUUACGUUGAUGGAGGUUGCUACCGGAAAGUUCCCGUAUCCUAAGUGGGGAUCCGUUUUUGAACAACUGUCGCAGGUCGUCGAAGGUGAUCCCCCAAGGCUGUCGCAGUCCUACAAUGAAAUGGAGUUUUCGCUAGACUUUGUAAAUUUUGUAAACACUUGCCUAAUAAAGGACGAAAAGGAUCGGCCCAAGUACGGCAAGCUGCUGCAGCAUCCGUUUAUCCAGCGCGCCGAGAAGAGCCACACCGACGUGUCGGUGUACGUGAGCGCGAUACUGGAAUCGAUGGCCAACAAUGGCAUCACGCAGUUCACCACGAACCUGCCGGCCGAACGUUGGAGCGACAGUUUCAACUAGGAGGAGGAAGAGCAAGGCGUAACCACCACCUCCAGCACCGGCACCGCCUGUCACGAGAGUGGCAGGAGGACCAGGAGGAGGAUGGUGGGUGCCGAAUAUUUCUAACUGGUGAAGAUACUAUUACUACUACUACUGCUGCUACUGAGCUUGCUGCUAGUGGAGGGCAUCUCAGUAUAGGCAGUCCGGAUGAGUGAGAAGGGUGAAUGUUCGAGAAGAAGGGAAUAUGGUUGAUCAGAAUGUGGUUUAAGAGUCAUCCGAUUUGUUUUGUGAUUUUUUCGAGGUUUUCGGAUGAAAGAGGAGAAUUUAUACUUUUUAUGGGAUGUAUAUUGUGCUCUUAGUUUUGUAUUGGCUUUACAAAAGGAACCCGGUUGUUAAGAUUGAUAGUGAGAAAAAAAAGAAAGAGAUAGAGAGGCGUGACGAAGACAAUAAAUUGUCUCCCAGUGUUUUUCUGUUCUUUGCUUGGUCGUGUUGGAUAGUUCGAUUCGGUUGAAAUUGCCGGGUUGCUAGGAUGUGGUGUAUGUGUGAAUGUUGUAAAAUUAGGUGUGAUUGUGUUAUCCCAAUCGUGAUUGAUCCGUAGAGAUUUAAUAAUUUUUAAAGGAAGUAAUAUAUGAUAUAAUUAUUAAAAUAAUUAAUUAUUGGAGAAGAAGGGAAAGAGAUUGAAGACAAGUUUCCUGCCAUCUAUCAGAAUCCAGAGGAAGAUAAGGAUUUUCCCAGAAUCUUGAGGAAGCUUCUCCAAGUAUCCUGAGAAGGAAUCUCCUAGAAUCUUGAGGAAGAUGCUCUCACAAUCCUGAGGAGAAUUCUCCCGAAAUCUUAAGGCAUUCUUUCAGAAUCCAGAGGAGGAUUCUCCAACAUUUUGAGGAGCAUUCUUCCAGAAUCCCGAGGAGCAUUCUUCAAGAAUCUAGAAAAGGAUUCUCUCAGAAUCCUAAGAAGGAUUCUCUUAGAAUCCUGAGAAGGAUUCUCUCAGAAUCCUGAGAAGGAUUCUCUCAGAAUCCUGAGAAGGAUUCUCUCAGAAUCCUGAGAAGGAUUCUCUCAGAAUCCUGAGAAGGAUUCUCUCAGAAUCCUGAGAAGGAUUCUCUCAGAAUCCUGAGAAGGAUUCUCUCAGAAUCCUGAGAAGGAUUCUCUCAGAAUCCUGAGAAGGAUUCUCUCAGAAUCCUGAGAAGGAUUCUCUCAGAAUCCUGAGAAGGAUUCUCUCAGAAUCCUGAGAAGGAUUCUCUCAGAAUCCUGAGAAGGAUUCUCUCAGAAUCCUGAGAAGGAUUCUCUCAGAAUCCUGAGAAGGAUCCCCUCAGAAUCCUGAGAAGGAUCCCCUCAGAAUCCUGAGAAGGAUCCCCUCAGAAUCCUGAGAAGGAUCCCCUCAGAAUCCUGAGAAGGAUUCCCUCAGAAUCCUGAGAAGGAUUCCCUCAGAAUCCUGAGAAGGAUUCCCUCA